AUGCAAACUACAGACAUUGAAAAAAUUGUCCUUAAUAGCGGGGUGAACCAAGCAAUUACUAACCAACAAUUCCUCGAAAAUACUGAAAAAUUAAUUCAAAAAAUCGGUCAAGGACAAAAGCCGGUCAGAACCAGAGCCAAGAAAUCCAUAGUUUCUUUUAAAUUACGGGAAGGAAUGCCAAUUGGAAUUAAUGAUUUAAAUAUUUUUCCGGAAACUACUUAUGAUUUGACUUUUAAAAAUCAAGGUUGUCAAGUUAUCAUUGUUUUCACUUCUUCUUCAACUGAGGAAAAUGCUUAUUUUUUAGAAUUAUUACAUUUUCCCUUCUCAAAAGCUCAUUAG